UUUUUUUUUUUUUUUUUUUUUUUUUUGAGACGGAGUCUCGCUCUGUCGCCCAGGCUGGAGUGCAGUGGCACAAUCUCGGCUCACUGCAAGCUCCGCCUCCCGGGUUCACGCCAUUCUCCUGCCUCAGCCUCUCCGAGUAGCUGGGACUACAGGCGCCCGCUACCACGCCCGGCUAAUUUUUUGUAUUUUUAGUAGAGACGGGGUUUCACUGUGGUCUCGAUCUCCUGACCUCGUGAUCCGCCCGCCUCGGCCUCCCAAAGUGCUGGGAUUACAAGCGUGAGCCACCGCGCCCGGCCGGAAAUGGGAUUCUUAACACCAGAGAAACUGGGGCAAUCUCUUGCUUGUGUGUAUGCACAUACAUAUGUACAUGUAUACAUAUAUGUAUAUAUACACAAAUAUAUGUCUAUAUUUUCCCCCAUGUUUUUGCAUGUCCCAGCCUCCAGACAAUCUCACAGUAGCAGCAGCAAUAGUGGAAGCAGUGGGGGCCUGCAGGUAUCUAAAACUACAAGGGAUAGGAACCUUCUUUUCCUUUUAGAGUUGCUGUGGAGUGAACCCGCAUUACUUUUUUUCUCUGUUUCCUCCUGCCAUACCCAGGCAUAGUUGCAGAAAGUACAUAGCAGAGGGAGGUAACUAAAGCCCCAGGGUUAUGACUAGAGAACUGAAUAGGGGAGCUCCAGGGAACUAGAAAGUAUCAAGAAGAUCCCAGAAACGAACAAGGUCAAAAAAGCAACCCAUGUUCAAGUUCAGAAAACCCAAAGUUGGUCCCAGCAAGGUGGCUCACGUCUGUAAUCCCAGCACUUUGGGAGGCCGAGGUGGGUGGAUCACCUGAAGUCGGGAGUUCGAGACCAGCCUGACCAACAUGGAGAAACCCCAUCUCUACUAAAAAUACAAAAUUAGCCGGGUGUGGUGACACAUGCCUCUAAUCCCAGCUACUCGGGAGGCUGAGGCAGGAGAAUUGCUUGAACCUGGGAGGCAGAGGUUGGGGUGAUCCGAGAUCGUGCCAUUGCACUCCAACCUGGGCAACAAGAGCAAAACUCCGUCUCAAAAAAAAAAAAAAAACCCAAAGUUCAAAAAAACUCAGCUCUGAUGAACUCUUAGGCUCAUUUUUGCCCGAAUAUAUGUGGAUCUGUCCCUAAAUAAUAUAUCAAAGACUUUAAGAACUAAAAUGUAAGUUUUAGAUUGGAUUGGGUGGUGCACACACAGGACAAAUCCAAAUCACACUGCAAAGGCCUUGAAAACUGACCUGAAAUCAGUCCACACAAGGCUUGUUGGAACUUGCAGCCUGAACCCAACAUGGUCAAUACCUGUUAAAACAAAAGUAUCAACCAUCUCCAUAGGAUUUAUUUUAUUUAUUUAUUUAUUUUAUUUUAUUUUUUUCUGAGACAGAGUCUCGCUCUGUUGCCCAGGCUGGAGUGCAGUGGCGCAAUCUUGGCUCACUGCAACCUCUGCCUCCUGGGUUCAGGGGAUUCUCUUGCCUCAGCCUCCCCGAGUAGCUGGGACUACAGGCACGCGCCACUAAGCCUAACUAAUUUUUGUUUUUUGUAUUUUUAGUAGAGAUGAGGUUUUACCAUGUUGGCCAGGUCUCAAACUCUUGACCUCAGGUGAUCCACCCGCCUCGGCCUCCUAAAGUGCUGGGAUCACAGGUGUGAGCCACUGCGUCGGGCCAAGAGUUUUAAUUAGAUGUAUCUUGGUAUAAUUUCUGAAGUUCAAAGAAACAGAGAAAACUCCAUUGAAGUAACAAACUAGUAACUCAGGGUGUAUCCUACACGUUUGUGUUUGGUGCUGCCCCUACAGUUCUCUAAUGUUCCGAAUUAGUUACCAGCCUCAAGCUAUCAGGGGAUUUAAUAUAGAAAUCUGGAUUUCUGGUUUUCCUUGGAGAGCUGGAAAGCAGCACUGGACCUUCAUUCUCACAUGACAGCUUUCUCCUGGAUUUAACAAGCACUUAACCCCUUUGAGAAGGGGUACAAGCUCUUUUACUAACCACUGUCCCCACUAUUGCCUACUCCCACACAGACCCUGAGGGCACAGCCUGAGCUGCAAUGUACAUUUGCAGUAUUACUUAUCUUAAUCUCACCUUCAUUACUGAAGGAUAUUUUUGGUAGAUACAAAAUUCUGGAUUGACACUCUUUCAGCACAAUAAAUUAUUGUUCCACUUUUCUUCUGGCCUCCAGAGUUUGUGAAGAGCAAUCCAGUCAUUCAAAUCAUUGUUCACCCAUAAGUAAUACAUUUUUUUUUACAGUUCUUUCACUACUUAUUUUGUCUUUCAUUUUCAGCAGUUUGAUUAUGAUGUGUCUGAGUAUGGAUUUCUUUGGGUUUAUCCUAUUUGGGGUGGCUGAGCUUCUCAAAAUGGCUUUGCUUGUUUUAUCUUUCACAAAAUUGGUAAGUUUUCAGCCAUUAUUUCUUCAAAUCUUUUUUGAGUCCUGUACUAUCUCUUCUCCUUCUGAAACCCUAAUGACACAAAUGUUAAAUCUUUUCUUGUUCUACAUUCCCAGAGGCUGUGUUCUUUUUGCAUUUUUAUCUUUUUUUCAGUUAUUCAUAUUAGCUAAUUUCUUUUGAACUAUCUUCAAGUUUAUUGACUUUAUUACCUCCAUUCUGCUUUUGAGCCUAGCCAGUGGUUUUUAUUUCGGCUACUGCACUUUUCAGUUCUAAAACUUGUUUAUUCUUCUUUAUAUCUUCUACUCUUUUGCUGAAACUUUCUAUUUUUAUAUUGGUUUGCAGAGUGUGCAUGAUUCCUUAUUCAAGUAUUUUUAAAAUAGCUGCUUUAAAGUCAUUAUCUGAUAAUUCCAACAUGAGUCACCUUUAUUUUGGUGUCUGUUGUCUUUUGCCACGUGAGUUAAAAUUUUCUUCAUUCUUCAUAUGUUGAGUGAUUUUGGAUGGUAUCCUAAGGCAUUCUGAAUAUUAUUCUAUGAGACCCUAGGUCUUUCUUUAAAUCCUAUGGAAGCCAGGCACAGUAGCUUAUGCCUGUAAUCCCAGCACUUUGGGAGGUCAAGGUGGGCAGAUCACUUGAGGUCAGGAGUUCGAGAUCAGCCUGGCCAACGUGUUGAAACCCCAUCUUUACUAAAAAUACAAAAAAAAAUAGCUGGGUAUGAUCUCAGCUACUUGGGAGGCUGAGAGGCAGGAGGAUCUCUUGAACCCAGGAAGCGGAGGUUGCAGUGAGCUGAGAUCAUGCCACUGUACUCUCACCUGGGCAACAGAGCAAGGUUCUGUCUCAAAAAAAAAAAAAAAAAAAAAUUAAUAGGUGGCCAAGCGCGGUGGCUCACGACUGUAAUCCCAGCACUUUGGGAGGCCGAGGCGGGCGGAUCACCUGAGGCUGGGGUUCGAGACCAGCCUGGUCAACAUGGUGAAACCCCAUAUUUACUAAAAAUACAAAAAAUUAGCUGGGCAUGGUGGCGCAUGCCUGUAAUCCCAGCUACUCAGGAGGCUGAGGCAGGAGAAUCGCUUGAACCUGGAAGGCAGAGGUUGUGGUGAGCCGAGAUCAAGCUGUUGCAUUCCCGUCUGGGCAAUAAGAGCAAAACUGUCUCAAAAAAAAAAAAAAAAGUAAUAGGCUGGGAGCGGAGCGGUGGAUCACACCUGUAAUCCCAGCACUUUGGGAGGCCGAGGUGGGUGGAUCACACGGUCAGGAGUUCAAGACCAGCCUAGCCAAGGUGAUGAAACCCCAUCUCUACUAAAAAUACAAAAAUUAGCCAGGCAUAGUGGCACAUGCCUGUAAUCCCAACUACUUGGGGGCUGAGGCAAAAACAAAACAAAACAAAAACCUCUUUCCUCAUAUAUAUUGCUCAGCAAAAAGGGAACCAUCUGAAUACUAAGAGUUUUCAUCAACCCUGGAAAUUUGUUUUAUUAGGGUUCUAUAUCAUUGCCAUAUUUUCCUUCCAGAAUUCAUAUUUUACAUUCAUUUUAUUUCUUACAUCAUAUUUUCUUCCCUAUGACUUAUUUUCUGUCAUCAUUUUCAUCCUUCUCUGAAAGUUUUUUAAACAAUUCAUUCCAGCUUUUUCCCUAGCAUUAUUGAGGUAUAUUUGGCAAAUAAAAAUUAUAUAUAUUGGCCAGGCAGGGUGGCGCAUGCCUGUAAUCCCAGCUACCUGGGAGGCUGAGGCAGGAGAAGUGCUUGAACCCAAGAGGCAGAGGUUGCAGUGAGCCAAGAUCGCGCCAUUGCACUCCAGCCUGGGCGACAAGAGUGAAAACUUUGUCUCAAAAAAAAAAAAUUAUAUAUAUUUACAGUAUACAAUUAGGUAUUUUGAUAUAUGUGUAUACAUUGUGAAAUGAUUACCAUAAUCAAGCCAAUUAAUGUAUCUAUCACAUCACAUAGUUACCAAUUUGUAUAUGUGUGUAUGUGGUAAGAACAUUAAGAUCUACUCCCAUAAUAAAUUCCAAGUAUAUAAUACAGUAUUAUAAAUUAGUUACUAUGGUAUACAUUCUGUACUGGUAUUACUAUUAAUGGUAUGUACUUACAUGGCAGUACAUACUAUUAAUAUAUAAUGCUGUAUAUUAGAUCUCCAGAAAUUUUUUAUUCUGAGUAACUGGAGCUUUGUACCCUUUGACCAAUAUCUUCUUUCCUCCAUCCCCCAACCCCUGGAGACCUCCAUUCUACUCUCUUCUUCUAUGAGUUCAGCGUUUUAGAGUUCAUAUGUAAGUGAGAUCACUGCAGUAUCUGUCUUUCUGUGCCUGGCUUAUUUCACAUAUGUCCUCCAGCUUCAUCUAUGUUUUUGAAAAUAACAGGAUUUUCUUCAUUUUUAAGGCUUAAUAUUCCAGUGUUUGUGUAUUUAUAUAUAUACACAUACAUUCCAUUGUGUGUGUGUAUAUGUGUAUGUGUGUGUGUAUACAUAUAUAUGCCCACACAUCACAUUUUCUUUAUCAAUUUAUCCAUUGAUUCCAUAUCUUGGCUAUCAUGAAUGAUGCUGCAAUGAACAUAAGAAUGCAGAUUUUUUUUCCCCAUACUGAUUUGAUUUCAUUUGGAUAUAUACCCAGAAGUGAGCUUGCUGGGUUAUAGGGUAGUUUUGAGAAACCUCCAUGCUGUUUUCCAUAAUGGCUGUUUCAAUUUAUGCCACCAACAGUGUACAAGGAUUCCCUUUUUGCCACAUCCUUUCAAACACUUGUUAUUUUUUUGUCCUUUUGAUAAUAGCAGUUCUGACAGGUGUGAGGGAAUUUUUGUUUGUUUGUUUUUUUGAGACGGAGUCUCACUCUUGUUGCCCAGGCUGGAGUGCAGUGGUGCAAUCUCAGCUCACUGCAGCCUCCGCCUCUGGGGUUCAAGCGAUUCUCCCACCUCAGCCUCCCAAGUAGCUGAGAUUACAGGUGCCCACCACUAUGCCCGCAUAAUUUUUGUAUUUUAGUAGGGAUGGGGUUUCAUCAUGUUGGUCAGGCUGGUGUCAAACUCCUGACCUCAAGUGAUCCGCCCGCCUCAGCCUCCCAAAGUGCUGGGAUUACAGGCCUGAGCCACAGUACCCAGCAAUGAGGUGAUAUUUCAUUGUGGUUUCAAUUUCCAUUUUCCUGAUGAUUAGUAAUGUUGAGUGUUUUUUCAUGUACCUAUUGGCUGUUUCUAUGUCUUUUUUUGAGAAAUGCCCAUUUUUUUAAUUGGGUUAUUUGUUUUCUUGUUACUGAGUUGAGUUCCUUAUAUAUUUUGGAUAUUAGCAUCUUACCAGAUACAAGGUUUGAAAAUAUUUUAUCCCACUCUGUGGAUAGUCUCUUCACUCUGCUAAUUGUUUCCUUUGCUGUGCAGAAGCUUUUGAGUUUGAUGUAAUCACAUUUUUCUAUUUUUUGCUUUUCUUUUCUGUGUUUUGGGGUCAUAUGCAAAAAAAUCAUUGCCUAGACUGAUGUCACGGAACUUUCCUCUGUUUUCUUCUAGUAGUUUUAUAGUUUUGUGUCUUAUGUUUAAGUCUUUCAUCCAUUUUGAGUUGACUUUUGUAUAUGUAUGCGAUAGGAAUUCAAUUUCAUUCUUUUGCAUGUGGCUAUCCAGUUUCUCAUCACCAUUUAUUGAACUGUCUUUUUCCCAUUGUGUGUUCUUGGCAUCUUUAUUGAAAAUCCAAUGACCAUAAAUGCAUGGGUUCUGUAUGGGUUCUUGUUUCUGUAUUCUGUUCCAUUGGUUGAUGUGUCUAUUUUUAUGCCAGUGCUAUGCUGUUUUGAUUACUGCAGCUUUGUAAUCUAUUUUGAAAUCUAUCAGAUGUAGUGAUGCCUCCAGCUUUGUUCUUCUUGUUCAAGAUUACCUUGACUCUUCAGGGUCUUUUAUGGUUCCAUAUGAAUUUUAGGAUUGUUUUUGCUAUCUGUGUGAAAAGUACCUUUGGAAUUUUGUUAGGGAUUCCACUGAAUGUGUAGAUUGCUUUGGGUAGUAUGGACAUUUUAACAAUAUUAAUUCUUUCCAUUUAUGAAUGCAGAAUAUCUUUUCGUUUAUUUGUGUCUUCAUUUAUUUUUUAUUAUACUUUAAGUUCUGGGAUACAUGUGCAGAAUGUGCAGGUUUGUUACAUAGGUAUACACAUGCCAUGGUGGUUUGCUGCACCCAUCACCCCAUCAUCUACAUUAGGUAUUUCUUCUAAUCCUAUCCCUCCCCUAGCUCCCCACCCCCCUUUUUUAUUUAAUGCAAUUUUUUUUUUUUUUAGAUGGAGUCUCACUCUGUCGCUCAUGCUGGAGUGCAGUGGUGUGAUCUCAGCUCACUGCAAUCUACGCCUCCCAGGUUCAAGCAAUUCUUCUGCCUCAGCCUCCCGAGUAUCUGGGACUACAGGUGCAUGCUGCCAUGCCCAGCUAAUUUUUUUUUUUUUUUUUUUUUUUUGUAUUUUACUAGAGAUGGGGCUUCACUGUGUUGCUCAGGCUGGUCUUGAACUCCCGAGCUCAGGCAAUCCACCCGCCUUGGCCUUCCAAAGUGCUAUGAUUACAGGCGUGAGCCACCAUGCCUGGCAUGUCUUCAGUUUUUUCAUCAGUGUUUUAUAGUUUUCCAUAUACAGAUUUCCUUUGUUAAAUUUUUUCCUAAGUAUUUUAUUCUUUUUGAUGUUAUUAUACAUGGGAUUUUCUUCUUGAUUUCUUUUUCUGAUAAUUUGUUGCUAGUGUAGAGAAACAACCGAUUUUUGUAUCUUACUGAAUGCACAUACAUUUAUUACCUUUUUUUUUUUUUUUUUGAGACGGAGUCUCGCUCUGUUGCCCAGGCUGGAGUGCAGUGGUGCAAUCUCGGCUUACUGCAAGCUCAGCCUCCCGGGUUCAUGCCAUUCUCCUGCCUCAGCCUCCCUAGUAGUUGGGACUGUAGGCACCCGCCACCAUGGCUGGCUAAUUUUUUGUAUUUUUAGUAGAGAGGGGUUUCACCGUGUUAGCCAGGAUGGUCUCAAUCUCCUGACAUCAUGAUCCACCCACCUUGACUUCCCAAAGUGCUGGGAUUACAGGCAUGAGCCACCGUGUGAGGCCUUAUUACUUCUUUUUUUUGAGACAGUCUUGCUCUGUCACCCAGGCUGGAGUGCAGUGGCAUGAUCUUGGCUCGCUGCAACCUCCAUCUCCUGGGUUCAAGCGAUUCUCGUGCCUCAGCCUCCUGAGUAGCUGGGAUUACAGGUGCCCACCAUCACCAGCUAAUUUUUGUAUUUUCAGUAGAGAUGGGGUGUUGCCAUGUUGGCCCGGCUGGUCUCAAACUCCUGACCUCAAGUAAUCUGCCCGCCUUGGCCUCCCAAAGUGCUGGAAUUACAGUCCUGGAAUCAAGAUGUGAGACCAAGAAAUUAUUUCUGAAAAAGGAAAUUUAUGAAAUAGAAUCAACCCAGUGGGAAAUAAUGGAAAAGCUCACAAGACAUGAUUUUCAGUGCUCCAGUUUCAGAGAUGAUUGGGAAUGUAAUAUCCAGUUUAAGAAACAACUCGGCUCUCAGGGGGGACAUUUCAAUCAGUUGGUAUUCACUCAUGAAGAUCUGCCCACUUUGAGUCACCAUCCAUCCUUUAUGUUACAGCAAAUCAUUAAUAGUAAAAAGAAAUUCUGUGCAUCUAAAGAAUAUAGGAAAACCUUUAGACAUGGCUCACAAUUUGCUACACAUGAGAUAAUUCAUACCAUUGAGAAGCCCUAUGAAUGUAAGGAAUGUGGAAAGUCCUUUAGACAUCCCUCAAGACUCACUCAUCAUCAGAAAAUUCAUACUGGCAAGAAACCCUUUGAAUGUAAGGAAUGUGGAAAAACCUUUAUUUGUGGCUCAGACCUUACUCGACAUCACAGAAUUCACACUGGUGAGAAACCCUAUGAAUGUAAGGAAUGUGGGAAGGCCUUUAGUAGUGGUUCAAACUUCACUCGACAUCAGAGAAUUCACACAGGCGAGAAGCCUUAUGAAUGCAAAGAAUGCGGGAAGGCCUUUAGCAGUGGCUCAAACUUUACUCAACAUCAGAGAAUUCAUACUGGGGAAAAACCCUAUGAAUGUAAGGAAUGUGGCAAUGCCUUUAGUCAGAGCUCACAACUUAUUAAACAUCAAAGAAUCCAUACAGGUGAGAAACCUUAUGAAUGUAAGGAAUGUGAAAAGGCUUUUCGUUCUGGCUCAGACCUUACUAGACAUCAGAGAAUUCAUACUGGUGAGAAACCCUAUGAAUGUAAGAUAUGUGGGAAGGCUUAUUCUCAGAGUUCACAGCUUAUUAGUCAUCAUAGAAUUCAUACUAGUGAGAAACCCUAUGAAUAUAGGGAAUGUGGGAAGAACUUUAAUUAUGACCCACAGCUUAUUCAGCAUCAAAAUUUGUACUGGUGAUGAAACAAUAUAUGAAAUGUGUAGGGAGGCUUUUAAUUAUGGCUGAAAACAGAAUUUAUCUUGUGAAUAAUUCCUCUAGAUAGAAUAAUAUAGAAACAUUUUAUUUGUGGACUGCAGCUUAUUCAACCUGGGAAAAAUAAUGUUGGAGAAAUACUCUAUGAAUAGAAUAUACUUUGGAAGCCCUUAACUAAACUCUCAUUUCUCUUGACAUCAGAUAAUUCAGUCUAGCAAUAUGAUAGAUAAUUCAGUCUGUCGUACUGAAAAUGACAGCACCUUUAACACCUUUCUAACCUUCUUAACAUCAGAGAAUUUUUGUAGAAAUGUAGUCCUGUGAUUUUCAUUUUUUCCCCUAAUUUCUCUAAUUGUUACAUUCUUAGUAUUUUAAUCCAUAUUAAAUUUAUAUGGCUAUAAAUUUCAUCUGUUUACAUCCUGAUUUGUAUACUAUUUUAAAAAUACCUUUAGUACCUGGGAGAAGUGACCUCUUUAUUUUUGAAGAUGGCUUAUUCUUUUUGCUCUUUAUAACAUUAAGGCUUUCUUACUGUAAAAAUGUUCAUGAACACCAUUUUACUCAAUAGAGAUCCUUCAUUAUCUUCAUGGUGUUUUGUUGUGUUACUGUAAUAUCACUUAUGAAAUCCUAUUGGUGGAUAUCGUAGUCUCCUCUAGAUAUUUUGCCAUAAUCCAUGCCAAAAUACAAGUCCCUGAUGGACAUUCUCCCUAAGCACAUCUUUGUAUCAUAUCUUUUAAUUGCAGAAUUAAUGUGUGAAUAUACUUUCCUUAUAAUAGAUGCAAACAUUACAAAAAGGCAAAUGUACCCUUUGACCAUAUCCCAAAGGAUAGUCUUUAUCAGUUCAUUAUUUAUUACUGAUCAUUUUUCUGUUUAUAUAUACAUGCAUGUCUCAGUAAAAAUUAUAAAAUGGGGGAUAAUUAUACCUACCUCAUAAUGCUUUGUGAGGAUUAAAUGAAUUAAGACCCAUAAAGUGCUUAGAAUUGUGCCUGACAUGAUAAAUACAUACUCACUGAAUGUUAGUCAUCGUUAUUAUAUUCAUCAUCACCAGUAUUAUUAUUUGUAGAAAGGCUUUUUAACUUCUGCAGAACUUAGUCACCAUUAGGCAGGGUAUUUGACUGAAGAAAGACCCUUUGAAGGUAACAAGUUAAGAAAAUUUCCCAUCAUCAUGUACUUCCUAUUGAACAUGAAAUAAUCCUAGGUAUUGGUGGGGAAAGUACUGGGAAUAAUGUGUGCGAAGGACUUUAUUCCGACUAAUACUCUUUUUGUCGCAUUAUAUACCCAGUAAAAAAGAAAAGAGAACAUAAACAAAAUAUUGGUGCACUAAUGAGGAAAAAAGUAUGAAAAGAGAAACAGCGUCAUAUUUAAAAAAUGGACAGAGAUAGAAACAUAGUUACAGAUUUGAAAGGUUCUGUUGAAUAUAAUGCUUUUUUCUGAUGCGUUUGAAAAUUUAAACAAAAUGAUUUUUAAGGAAAAUAUACAUCAAUAUUGACUCUAAGAAAAUUAGGACUCUUCGAGGACUCUCAUAAACACAGAGAACAGGGAACAAUUAGCAUGUGAUCAGUUAACUAUUAAGCACCAAAUCCAGUUUCUUUCUAAGGAAAACUUUAUCAAAUGUUCAAGGAACUAUUUCAGUUAUAUAGAAGUACACAUCUUGGCUCACGCCUGUAAUCCCAGCACUUUGGGAGGCUGAGGUGGAAGGAUUAUUUGAGGCCAGGAGUUUGAGACCAGUCUGGCCAACAUGUUGAAAUCUCAUUUUUACUAAAAAAUACAAAACUUAGCCAGGCGUGGUGGCACAUGCCUGUAAUCCCAGCUACUGGGGAAGCCGAGGCAGGAGAAUCACUUGAACGCAGGAGGCGGAGGUUACAGUGAGCCAAGAUCACGCCAUGGCACUUCAGCCUGGGCGACAGAAUGAGACUUAAAAAAAUAAAAUAAAAAUAAAGUCCACAGUGUAGCUUUGUUUGGGGUUAAGUUAGUGUUUUGAAAUGGGCCUUCCCUGUGCUCAAAACAUGCUCAGCAAGCAGCUCCCCACACUGGACAGAUCGCACGUGUGGAAGGAUGAAGUUUAUGUCUGUAGAACUGUUAUUUUAUGCCCCACUUCCUUUUUUCUUAGAUCCUGUGUAGACAGGUCUCUCUGAACAUUGUGUACUUUACUGGCAUAAGGAAGUAAAAUAUUUCAUAAUAAAUUUGAGAAAAGUAGAGUGAGCAAAAAUAACCUACAAAUGAGAGAAUUACUAAAAAUGGACUGUUGUAAUGUUCUGCAUUGUCAAACUGAGAACUGCCAAAUGAAAUUUUGUUUACUUUCUUUUCUUGUGUGCCUAUGUCUUUUAUAAAGUUCUUCAUCUAAAAUUAUAGAGAUAGUGCAUUUGCACCCAAAUUAAUGAAACAGUACCAUUAAAGAAAAAGAAAAGGGGCUGGGCACAGUGGCUUACGCCUGUAAUCCCAGUGCUUUGGGAGGCCAAGGCAGGUGGCAUCCUGGCCAAUAUGGUGAAAUCCCAUCUCUACUAAAAAUACAAAAAUUAGCUGGGCGUGGUGGCAUGUGCCUGUAGUCCUAGCUGCUUGGGAGGCUGAGGCAGGAAAAUCGCUUGAACCCGGGAGGCAGGGUUUGCAGUGAGCUGAGAUCCUGACUGCACUCCAGCCUGGGCGACAGAGUCUCAAAAAAAUCUGUCUCAAAAAAAAAAAAAAAGAAAAAAAGAAAAAAUGAUUAUCUUUGCUCUUCUCCGUUCCUCAUUCCCUCCCCUCUGUCAAUUUUCUUCUGAAUAAUAUUUAAAGGUUGUGUAUAUUACCCAUAUAUUUCUUCAUGCUAAAACAUUAACACAUUUAUUUCAUUGUGUUCUUACAGAAAAAUGGAUAACUAUACAUUUCCCUGAAAUUUGCUUUUUUACAUUCAACUGUACAUUUUGGAUUUUCCUUCAAUAGAUGAUGAUCUAACAGUCUUUCUGAUGGUUACAGUAUGUUCCACAGUAUUAUUUACCAAUGCCUUUUCAACCACUUUCCCAAUUGUGAUAUUAUGGAUUGUUUGCACUUUUUUGCCAUCUAAAAGUAAUGCUGUAACAAACACUUUGUAUUCUUGCCUGUUUUAUUUCUAUAAAAUAAGCUCCCCAAGUCA